UAAAAGAGAAAUAUCAUUAUUAAAUAAUGGCGUCGUCAAAGAGAAAAACGAGAGACCGAUCUGGGAAAAAGCGAAUAACAAGACGAAUGAUACAUUCUGAUACUCGUUCCCGAGUUAAAUCGGUACGCUGUAAACACGCUAAUACUCUAAAUCAACGGCAAUUGUACGAUUCCAUCAGUAUACCUCAAUUAGUCUAUGAACUCCUUACCAUCGACAAACACAAUCAUGACGCAAGACGUUUCUCGUCUCCGAAACGCUUCGAAACACAUUGUCGAAAAACGCAAAACUCCGAUGAACGGCAAAAGCUGUCAUACGAAGCGGUCGAUCACUGCAAUGAUUCAGAAUCUGUACAAAUGCCGGAAUACACAAUGGUAUCUAGGCCUACAUCUAUCGAUAGUCUCACGGAAGCAACGGAUGCUGCAAAUAGCUCAGCACCGACAAGCUCCACGAAUAGCAGCGUGUCAAAUGGCUCAAUGGAACCAAACACACUGGCAAACUCGCUCAACAGCGCCAAAGCACUUUUCAGGAAGCGAUCUUUAAUACAGCUCAUUAACAGUUACAUCAAAGCUGGCGUCGAAGAAGGAAAGCGACAGGCCAGAAAGUAUAUCUGUAAAGCAUUAUCUUUUGGCGUCAGAUCGGGUUAUUUGAUCCCGACCAAUCGACAAGGUAAUAUGCUCCGUGUGUGUUCAACUCUGGACACACAAUCUUGGAAUUGGAGACGGACUGACAUCGAAUCUCGGCGAAGACGACGCAUUGCGCGACGAGGAAAGACGAGUAAUUUGACCACCAUCGCUGAACGGAAAGCAAUGCGUCGCGGAAUUCCGCGAGAUAAAUUUUUUCACAAUAUGAACAACAAACAGACGGCUUCAAAAAGAAAAAUACGACCUGCUCAAAAUCCUGCCAAAAGUUUAAAUACGCGUGAGAGCAAUUCACGAAAAUCGCUUUGUAAAUCGUUACAUGAGAAAAGCAAACCAAAAGCUUUUACGAGAAAAAACAGCAAAAUUAAUAACACCAACAAUAAGCAAGGACAACAACAGAAAAGAGACGAAGGAAACAUUAAGAAGUCAAUCAAAAAACGUCGUAUGACUUUUUCUGCUAAAUUUGCCCAGAAUGAUGGUCAACCAGUUGAGCAAAGGUAUGAGAACGUUAGAGAAAAGGGUCUUAAUAAUCAAUACGAAAGCAAUGAAGAUAACUAUAGAAUUAAGAAACAAAAGUUGACGUCGAAUCAAGAAGACGAAUCGAGAAUAGAAAAACGAAAAAUCGAGGCAAAUAUCAAUAAUGACAGAAUAGAUUACGACAGAGUAGAAAGCAUUAGAAAUUCCAAUGAUGAAAAUAAUGACAAAACGUCCGAAAAAGAAAGUGCCGACCAUAACAUGAGUGACAAAGUGAUUAGAGAAAUGGAAUUUUAAAGAAUUAAAUGCCACAACCUUGAAUGACGCCUUUCUUUGUCCAAAAACGAGAAUUUCCUUUCUUUUGUACUCUUUUGGCUUUUUAUCAUUUAUAAAAUAUAUUUAUUACAUGCAUUUUUGAGAU